AUGGCUCGCGCCAGGGUCGAAACCGUCGAGGACGCCGACGGCUCGCCUGCUGUUCAGGCCGUCUCAGAGGAGAAGCCGAGCCUGGUCCGCGUCAGGAGCCGCUAUGGCGACCAGAUCCCCCAUGAAAUGAUGGAGAGUCUCGCCCCCAAUGGCGAGGCCGAUUAUAUCCUGGACAAAAUCAACAACAUGUCCGAGGACGAGGCCAUUGCCAUCAUUUCCGAGUCGCUCGAGUUCCAUUCUGAUGACUGGAACUUCCCCUCGGACAUGCGCGAGCGCAUGCACAAGCUGCUUCUAGGACCGAAGGCGUACGGGGAGUUCUAUGACCGCGACCUGCGCAUCGAAGCAACCAUGAUGAAGCACUCGUCGCCCUACCCCGGCGUGCGUGCCGUCGUCAGCCCCAUCGAUGAUGAUGUGCCCAUCGAAACCUUUCGCGCUUACUUCCUCGGCAUUGGAUGGGCUGUCAUUGGCACCUUUAUCGCGACCUUCUUCAACUCGCGAUUCCCUGGCAUUAGUCUUGGCAGCUAUGUUAUCCAGAUCUUUCUCUUUCCAUGCGGCAAGUUCCUCGAAAGGAUCCUCCCUGAUUGGGGCUUCACCGCGUUUGGCUCGCGUCACACGCUCAACCCCGGGCCUUGGACGUUCAAAGAGCAAAUGUUUGCGACAAUUACCUACAACAUUGCCAUCUACACGACCAACAGCUACGGCAUGAUUCUUGUGCAGCGGUCUCCCGUCUACUACGGCCUCGACUUCAUCACUUUCGGGUACCAGCUGAUGCUGACCCUAUUCACCCAGCUAAUGGGUAUGGGUUUCGCCGGCUACCUCCGUCGAUUCAGCGUGUAUCCCGUCAAGGCGCUGUGGCCAACCUUGCUGCCCAUCAUUGCCAUGAACAGGGCCCUCACCAAAGAAGAACCGCGCGAGAACAUCAACGGAUGGACCAUCUCGCGCUUCAAGUUCUUCCUAUACGCUACCGCCGGCAUGUUUGUUUACUACUGGCUGCCUGGCUAUCUAUUCACCGCGCUGUCACAGUUCAAUUGGAUGACGUGGAUCGCCCCCGAUAACUUCCUCCUCGCUCUCCUGACAGGCUCCAACAUGGGUCUCGGCUACUUCAACCCCAUUACCACCUUUGACUGGAACGUGGCUACCUCGUCGUACGCAGCACUUUCCCAACCAUUCUUCUCCACGUGCACCAGUUACUUCGGCAGCAUCUUGGGCGGGCUCAUCAUUCUCGCCAUCUUCUAUAAAAACUCUUACAACACAGCGUACAUUCCAAUCAACUCGUCGUCAGCAUUUGCCAACGACGGUACUCCGUACAAGGUCCAGAAUGUGGUCACAAACAACAAGCUGGAUCCUGCCAAAUACCAAGCGUACUCGAUGCCCUUGUACUCGGCCGGCUACAUUCUCACUCUCGCCGCCAACUUCGUCUUCUACCCUGUCUACUUCCUCUAUAUGAUGUUUAACCAAUGGAAGACGGUGUCCAAAGCCUACGUUGACUUCUACAAAGGUCUUCGCUAUGGCAAGGGUAACUACGAAGAUGCCAUGGACGUGCACAGUCGCACCAUGGCUCGGUACAAGGAGGUGCCCGACUGGUGGUUUCUCGUCAUCUUCUUUGGUGCCAUCAUUGUCUCGUGUGUCUUCGUCACUAUUUACCCCCUCGACACUCCGGUGUGGCUCAUCUUUCUCCUCAUCGCCAUCAACCUCAUCUUCGCCGUGCCGUUGUCCCUGCUUUCCGCGACCACAGGUACCAAUCUGAGUCUUGGCACUCUUGUCCAGAUUAUCACGGGCUAUCUCCUGCCGAACAACCCCAACGCCUUCCUCUUCGGGCAGACGCUCGGCUCGUGGGCUUUGGCGGGCUACGGCGACAAUUAUGUGCAAGACCAGAAGAUGGCUCACUAUACCAAGAUGGCACCUCGAGCCGUUUUCCGCUCUCAAAUUGGCACCAUCAUCAUCACCUGCUUCGUGGCCGUUGGAACGCAGAACUUUGUCCUGAACAACGUCGAGGGACUCUGCACCCCUGACCAGCCGAGUCGUUUUACGUGUGCUGCCGACGGCGCACCUCUCUAUGCCAACUCGCUCAUGUGGGGGCUUCUUGGGUCGAAUCGCAUGUUUGGCCAUUUAUACCCGAUUCUCAAGUGGUGUUUCCUCAUUGGGGUGCUUGUCUCCGUCGUCUUUCUCGGGGGCCAGACCUACGGACCAAGGUACCUCCCGCAGGUCAAGGAGAAGCUGCGUCAAUCACUACGACCCAACACUUUUGCAAUGCUGGACAGGACACUGUUCUCCUUUGUCGCCUCGCUCAUGUGGCUCAACCCCAUUCUCAUCAUCCAGGGGAUCCAGCACUGGGCACCCUCCAACAUGUCGUACAAGACCCCCGGCUUCAUCCUCUCCUUUAUCUUCAUGUACUGGCUGCCACGACAUCGGCUGGCCUGGUGGUCCAAAUACAACUACACGCUGUCUGCGGCGCUUCAGGUCGGCGUGGCGGUAUGCGCCCUCGUGAUGUACUUUGCCGUGUCGUAUCACCCCAAGAGCCUCAAGUGGUGGGGCAAUACGGUCAGCGGCGCCGGGAUGGAUGGCAAGCAGAUUGGCAGGCUACCGAUUCCAGAGCGCGGUUAUUUCGGUCCUGAAAGGGGCACGUUUCCGUAGGGCUGAGACGACCUCAGACGACCACGGUUCAGGCCAAGGUGUUUGCUCAUAUGUUACAGAUUGGCAAAGUUGAGCCCUGGCUCAGUUUAGCAUCAGCGUCUUGGUACUGAUUCCAUCGGCGUAUCAGCGUCGAGACAGAGGUGUCUAUUUAGUUGAGAUCAUAGGCAGUACGAAAGACUGAGCACUCAGAUAUGGAAUUGGAUUUUUACAUACGAA